AUUACCAACUUUCUAUACAGGGUGUUUAUUUCAAAAUGACAUACACAAAGUGGUUCAACUGUGUGAUAUGCUUCGUCGCCAGUGCUAUGACGUUAGGCGACACAACAAUAGCUCCUACAAUAAAACUGAACAAUGGUCUUGACAUGCCUGUAAUAGGACUAGGAACAUGGAAGUCUAGAGAAGGAGAUGUGGUUCAAGCAGUUAAAGAUGCCAUCGACGCUGGUUACAGACACAUUGAUACCGCCUGGAUUUACCAAAACGAGAAGGAGAUCGGAGAAGCACUUAAAGCUAAAAUAGACGAAGGCGUUGUAAAAAGGGAAGACCUAUUUAUUGUUAGCAAGUUGUGGAAUACAUAUCACAGACCAGAAGAUGUGGAACUCGCUAUAAAUCAAUCACUAAAUGCACUCGGUCUGGAUUAUCUUGACUUGUACUUAAUGCAUGCCCCUACAGACUUUCAAAAAGUUGGAAACACUACUUUUCCAACUGAUGAAAAUGGACAAGCAGUAUCAGCGGGUGUCGAUUUUGUAGACACGUGGAAGGCAAUGGAAGAAGUUUACCGAAAGGGGCUAACAAAAUCAAUCGGUAUAUCGAACUUUAAUAAACGGCAAAUCGAGAAAAUUCUUGAAAAAGGUUCCGUCGUUCCAGUAACAAAUCAAGUUGAAUGUCAUCCAUAUUUAAAUCAGAAAAAGCUCGCUGAAUUUUGCAAAUCAAAAGGGAUAACUCUUACUGCGUAUAGUCCUCUAGGGUCCGCUGACAGACCUUGGGCAAAACCGGACGAUCCUAAGCUCUUGGACGACCCGAAUCUGAAGAAGAUCGCAGAUAAAUACAAAAAAAGUGCUGCUCAAAUUGUACUUCGUUAUUUAACUCAAAGAGGCCUCAUCGCUAUUCCAAAGUCUGUAAACAAAGGCAGAAUCGAAGAGAAUAUUAAUAUUUUCGAUUUCGAAUUAUCUCCUGAAGAUAUGAAAUACGUAGACUCCUUUGAUCGCAAUGGAAGAAUAUUUACAUUUGACUGGUCAUCCAAGCACCGAUUUUAUCCAUUUAGUGACGAAUACUAAUUAAAAAUUAAACAGGCGCAUAUUUAUCUGUAAUAAAAAUAUUGUUAAUAUAUAAUGUAUGUUACGAGUAGGUAUAUGAAGAAAAAACUGUUUGCAUGUAAAAAUUAUUAUUAAGUUGUAAUAAAUUAAAUGCAUACAAGUAAA